AUGCCCCCUCACACCGACGAGUCUUCCGACAGCGAGUCGACCGGUGAAGAAAUUCCUUUCAAAAAGACCAAUAACGCCGCAAAUGACAACCGAGAUGAGGAUGGAAGUGAUGAGGAGGGAAGUGACGAAGAAGAAGAGGACGUUUAUGUUGUUGAAUCAAUUGUCGGCCACGAGUUUCACAAAAAUGUUCUCAUGCUCAAUGUAAAAUGGAAAGGUUAUGAUGACCCCUCAGACCAGACACUUGAGCCAGAAGAAGGAUUACUGGAAGGCGCAGAGGAUGCAGUCAACGAAUACUACUCGAAGAUUGGUGGCCGCCCAGAACCACCCGCAGGAAAGCCAGGACGAGGGAAGCGAAAAUCUAUGACCACAAGUGCGAAGGCCACACCGGAACGAACCACUACAAAGAAACAAAAAGUCACAAAACAAGAAACCAACGGCACAGAUUUCUUAGGCGCAGACAUCCCCAGAGGCAUACCGGACUGGGUUCGAGACAAAGACCAUUGGGAAGAGAAUGUGAUGAAGGUGAAGACAAUCGAGGUUGAUGGAGUACACGGCUUGGUCGCAUACCUGAAUUGGACAAACGGCAAGACAACGAAGGUCUCAAUUAACUUGUGCUAUGAAAAGAUACCCCUCAUGAUGCUUAAAUUUUAUGAAGCACAUCUUGUGUUUAAGGGUAAUGGCGCCGAAGAAUGA